AUGUGCGGCGGCAAGAAGUUCCAACAGCUCAAGGACUUGCAAUACGGCUCCGAGAUCGUGGCCGCCACCCCCGGCAGGUUGAUCGACUUCCUCACCCAGCGGUCCGUUUCAUUGGAGCGGGUCACGUACCUCGUCCUGGACGAGGCGGAUCGAAUGCUGGAGCAGGGCUUUGCAGACGAUGUGGCGAAGAUCUCGAAUCAGGUGCGUCCGGACCGUCAAGUGCUCUUCUUCUCCGCGACCUGGUCAGCGGAAGUUCAGAAGCUGGCUGGGGGGUUAUGCCAUCCAAGCUCCAGGCCGGUGCGCAUCUGCGUGGGACAAGAGCAGGGCAGCAUCAACGCUGCGCGGCACGCGCGCGAGGGAAUUGUGCAGCAGGUGGUUGACUUCCCGGAGGACUACGAAAAGCAGCAGGCGGAGAAGCGCAAGCUUUUGGACGGCCACUUGCAGGACGUCUUGUGGGCCUCGCAGGAGAACAAAGUCCUGGUUUUCGUGAGUCAGAAGCAGUAUGCAGACGAGUUGGCCAACAAGCUGUGGGAGGGCGGCUUCAAAGCGGCGGCCAUGCAUGGGGGCAAGAAUCAGGAGCUCGCGCUUGUGGACUUUGGACCAGUUCCGCAAGGGGGAGUUCAGGCUGCUGGUGGCCACAGAUGUCAUAGGACGAGGCAUCGACAUCCCCAGUGUCUCCCACGUGGUCGUCUUUGA